GGCUGAAGAACAGAAUAAAAUAAAAUAAAAAAUAACCAAGCCAUCGUUAUCUAUCUAAGCCUUGCACGUCUUGUUCUUUAUCAAUAAGAGGCAACCAAAUGUCAAAGCUAGAAUAAGAGUUAUUAUCAUGUGAAUAAUAGCCACAAGUCGAGGGGUUUCUUUUGAGUGAAUGAUUCUAAAAUUAAACCAUUUUGUAUCACUUUAUAUUCUUUUUAUAAGGUUUAAAGAACUAAAAAGUUUUCUUUCUUUCUCUCUUUACGAAGCAAAUAUGAAGCUCAUAUACUCUAUUGUUUUAUGUCUUAUUAUAACAUGGAUGCAUAUGACUAUUGCAUUCCCACUUGAACACCAGCAUCAACGAGACAUCAAGCCAUGGAACAGAAGGCCACGUCAAUUUAGAAUGCAAGUUUUUUCAAGGCCUGACAAUCGAGGUGAAAUGCAAACCAUUCGAGCUUUUAAUGGAGCUUCUACACCUUGCUGGAAUCUAGCGUCAAAAAGAGUUGGCUCAUACGACUUGAAUGACCCUAUGGUCAAAGUGACAUUCUAUAGAUCCUCUGAUUGUAAAGGUGCAUCUUUAGCCACAUAUUAUCAGAAUCAUGCUUCGAGUCGAACCCAUGUUAUGAUCAAAGCAAGAUCUGUAUCUGUCACAAAAAUCAAGCCUGUCUUAUUGAAUGGCAAACCUAAAAAACUUUAAUUUAUUCUGAUACCAUUGUAAAAUAGAAAAAAUAUAUGUAAAUAAUAACUACCUUAAUACUGUAUGUAAUAAAAAUAUGCCACUUGUUGGCUUUGAAGAAUGAACAUUUUGACAUCAGCCACUUUUUUAUUUGUGC